AUGAAGUCACAGGCUUAUCCCGAAAGCUUGAAUGUCGCUGCAAGUACUUCUGGAUCACAGAACCUACCUCUAGACAUUCGCGAAGUUGUCUAUAAUUUCAUCGCAACCAUAAACAGCUCUGCAUCUCCUAUAAAUAUUGACGCGCAGGCUGAAAGGAUCCUACAAGCCAGCGGGAUGUGCGAUGAUCCUAUCAACUUCCAAGAAGUCGAAAGAGUGUUGCAAGAUCUCACUCCUGAAGAUCGGCUGGCCUUCGAACGCCUGUUCACGAACAUGCGCGAAGCAUACUUGGAGCUUGCUAACAAUCCAGACCGAGACUGCUUCAGCGAAGCAGAGUACGCGAGAUAUUUCGGUGAUUUGGAGCAAGUUGACCUUGUAUUGGAGGGUCCGAAUAUGGAAAAAUCAGAUGUCGAGAUCGUCGAACACUUAUUGGACCAAGGUUUUUCCAUCAUGUCAGUCAUGGAAAAGAGUCGCCAGCGCUCUUUUGGAGAGCGGAAUAUCCAAGCAUUACUGGAAAACGUAACUCCCGACGCUCUGGCAACAAACGACCGUGACGAUGAAAACCCCCAAUGCCUGAUUUGCCGCGAGGACUUUCUUGAAAGCAACUUGGUGGUUGUUCAGUUGCCAUGUCAUUCGACACAUCAAUUCCACCGUGUCUGCAUCAAUUUACAGAACAGAGUCGCCGGCGCCCGAUUCGGAAAGCGGGAUAUGCAGGAAUCGGUGGCAAACGUAACCCCCGCUGUUUUAACAUCAAAUGACCUUGACGGCGGAAACUCCCAAUGCCAGAUUCGCCGCGGAACCUUCGUUGAAAGCAACUUGGUCUCUGUUCAGUUUCCUUUUCAUUCCACGCAUCAAUUCCAUUGUCUCUGA